GUGUGCCCCGCCAAAUAUUCAUUGUCAUGUUCAGGGAACAUACUAGAGGAAGGCUGCCGACACCUUCACCACCCCUCCCUUGAGACUGGUUAACGAUACAGUUAGUUGCUACUAAACAACAUCCGGCUGGGCUGAGUCAGUGAGCCAGCAAUAUGGCGACAGUGAACGGCGAGCCUCAUCCGGAGGGUAUCUUCUCACUACUCGACACCGACCUGUACAAACUGACCAUGCAAUGCGCCGUCCUCCAGCACUUCCCAGACAUCCCCGUGUCAUACAAAUUCACCAAUCGGACACCGCACAUGAAACUCAACCGCCGCGCAUUCAAGUGGUUGCAAGAGCAAGUAGGGUUGUUGGCCAACAUUCGCGUAACGGAUGAAGAGAUCGCGUGGCUGAAGAAGACGUGCCUGUUCUUCGGCGAAAAGUACCUGCAUUUCCUGAAGACCUUUAGCCUACGGCCAAGCGAGCACGUCAAGCUCAGCUUUGACGCCUCGAAAGACGCCGAUGAGGACGACGAAGCGUUCGGCGACUUGCACAUCGAGACACACGGACUGUGGAUAGACACAAUACUCUACGAGAUCCCACUGCUCGCCCUCACCUCGGAAGCCUACUUCAAAUUCGUGGACAGAGACUGGACACACGACGGCCAAAUAGAAAACGCCAAACAAAAAGGCCUCAAGCUCCUUGAACACGGCUGCGUCUUCAGCGAAUUUGGCACACGCCGCCGACGCGACUACAAAGCCCACGGAAUGGUCAUGCAAGGUCUUGUCGCCGCACAAAAGGAAGCCACCUCGCAGCAUCCAGACUGGAGAGGCAAGCUCGGCGGCACCUCAAACGUCCACAUGGCCAUGCGCUUUGGCGUCGGUGUGGUCGGCACAGUGGCGCACGAGUGGUACAUGGGCAUCGCCGCAUUGACGGACGAUUACGCCAACGCGAACGAAAAGGCGAUGGAGUGCUGGGUCGCCACUUUCGGACGGGGUGUGCUCGGUAUUACGCUGACGGAUACUUUUGGCACGGCCGCGUUUCUGCGCUCCUUUACGAAACCGGCGCCGAAGAGCGAGACACUUGGUACGCAGCAGGAAGGCGAGGAUCCGUCGUACGCGGAGAUCUUCGCGGGCGUGCGGCAGGAUUCUGGUGAUCCGAUGCAGUAUAUCAAGGACGUCAAAGCUUUCUAUACCGCGCAAGGGAUCAAAGAUAAGAAAGCCAUUGUCUUCUCCGACAGUCUCAACGUGGACAAGUGCAUACGAUACAAACACGCCUGCGACGAAGCCGGUCUGACACCUUCAUUCGGGAUAGGGACGUUCUUGACGAACGAUUUCCGGCACGCGAGUGAUCCGCAGAAGAAAAGUGUGCCGCUUAACAUUGUUAUCAAACUUAGUGAAGCGGCAGGGAGGCCGGCGGUGAAGUUGAGCGAUGAUAAGGGGAAGAAUAUGGGGGAUGAUGCGCUUGUGCGGAGGAUUAAGAAGGAAGUUGGGUACGAGGAGAGGACGUGGGAGGGUGGGGAUGAGGCGCAUAGGUGGGAUGGUUGAGAUAUGGGUGGUCGGGUGGCGUUUGGGCGCAUGGUAUAUGUAUGGACGACUGGAUGCUGUGAUGAUGGGAUAAGGAAUAUAGAUAUGAUACCCCAGUAGAUGAACGGCAAUGGAUGGC